AUGGGCAACAACAAGGGUCGAUCAAGUGGUUGCAGGACGUGUCUUGAGCGGCGUGUCAAAUGUGACGAAACUCACCCAGUUUGCCGCCGAUGCUCCUCGGGAAGAUUUUUGUGUCGCGGAUAUAGAGGGGCCAAGUUCGUCGACGGCGGCGCGCAGCUGCAGACGCGGCUCCGUGGCCAAGCAUUGGCUGGGCCUAAGCAGAAGCCGGAAGCGCUGUCAUGGCAAAAGCCACAGCAACACCAAGCUCCCGAUGAGGUUGCCAGCAAUAUAGCUGUUCCUGCUCAAGCAAGUCCGCGGCCUUGCAUGCUUGCCUUGCAUCAUCAGCAGACAUAUCUACCCCGCGGUGUUGCGCCAGUGGCGGGCGACGAGCAAACCACCUCGUCCUACCUCGCUGCGAGCCUCGGUCAACUAGGCACGCUGUACGAGAAAAUAGUCACUCCGGGCUUCGAAGGAAGCUCAGCGCAAUGGACAGUCACCAGGCAUUGCUUCUUGGCCCUGGCCACUACCGUGUACGGCAUUGGCCACUCACACGAACACAUCGCCAACAGCGGCAGACGCCUCUACUGUCAAUCGCUGAGCUUGUUGAACAACACGAUGCAACGCUCCUACAAGUCCCAAAAUGGAAUCACACCUGUAAUCGGUGCUGUAGUCGCGUUGGCUCUACAUGAAGCUAUUGCCCCGACAAACGCCAACAGCCACACAUGGCUGCAGCACAUCCAGGGUCUUGAGAAGCUCCUGGCCAUUCACGGCCCUGUUUCAGAGACGAGCGAUCCUCUUGUCAAAAUCGUGACGGAGGCUAUGCGUCUGCCCCUUGUUACCGCGUCGUUGCAUUCUCGCCGCCCGUCCCUCAUGGCACACCCGCACUGGAAAGCACUUGGCGGAGAUGGUACCGCAAUUACGCCCGAAAGCCCUAUUCCAUAUCUUCUCGACGCGCUAGCCCAACUUCCUUCUCUGUACCAAGAGCGAGAUGCCUUGACCUCUGCUCAAACCUCGGUAGAGGCCGAUGGAAUGCUCAGCCCCUAUCCAGCUUCGCGUGUACGCUUACUUCUACGCAAAUCAUUUUGCUUGCUCAGUGACAUUAAAGCGAAUCGAGCUCAGUGGGAUGCCCGACAUCCCGCCGAAGCAUUUUCCAGCCUCCCCAGCUCGGCGUCGGGCGACCCUGCGCAACCAUGUCCGUUUCAGACAGUCACAAACUUUUCAAAUUUGCGGGCGGCGAAUGCUUUUAGUUUCUACCACUGUAUUUUGAUUCUCGUGAGCCAGUUUAUUCUCUCUGUGCAACACCUCCUCCCUCAAGUGGACCGCGACGCCUUUGUCGAGAAGCAAACUUCCGAGGCAGUGUUUCGUUCGGCGUUGGACAUACUGAAGAGUGUGGAUUAUCACCUUCCCUUUACGCUUGCUGCGUCUAGAUCUAUGGCGAGCGAUUGUGGGCCUCGCAACUUCUAUCUUCUUUUCCCUCUGCGGGUUGCGUUUCGGGCUCUAUCCGAAGCCGACGUUCACAUCGCGCUACCCUAUAUGCUGUGGCUCAGAGGCAUCUUUGCUGGAAUUAGGGAGAGGGCUAUGCCAUGGGCGUCAAACGAGAAUUUGUUUAAACUUGACUAG